AUGCGAGUAACAAAUUCUAUGAACUCGACGAGACUUUCCUUUGCUCAUCAAGUGACAGUAUCAUUUGCCGUCAAACUAAUCAUAGCUUUUAUUAAACAUCUGCUCUUCAUGCGAGGACAAAUACCAUGCCUUUUCUCACAAGUGGAAAAGCUUUCGCAAAGGACUUUUAUAGUUAGAAAUUCAGGAUUUCCCAUUCAACAUGUGCAAUAUCUUUCUCUUCAGUUGUUAACGAAUGCCCAGAAUCUGUUUGCCUCAAUCGAAACCACAUUCAAUCACAUCCUUGACAACAGCCAUCACCAUCAAAAAUUCAUCCCCGUUUUAAAUUUCGCCAUUAUCCUUGGAAAUACAGUGACAAAUCCAAAAGAAAUAUAUCUCUUGGAAUUUGCGAAUGUUUAUGCUGACCAUGUACUGGAAUUAAACGAAAAUACCUGCGAGAAACUAAAACAACACGAAUUGACAAGCGAGCGGAAAUUUUCACGGGAAUUAGUGACAGCGUUUAAUGAUGAACCAUUAGCACCAACACGUCUUCAUCUUUUAUUCCGAACAUCACGUAAUAAUCCUCCUCCUGAGCUGGUUCCCAAACAAUUCUUCAAAUUAAAGAAUACCAGCAAGAUUCCAACCUGUAUUAUCGUAUGUGAAGGAUUGCUACUAAGUAGUGAUCUGGACUUAAAGAUAACGAAGCAGACAAAUUCGAUUCCGGACGCAAAUGACGAGAUGCCGAGACAUAGCGAAACGUUAAAUUAUGAGGAUAUGAUCAGAGAUUUCAAUGAAGAAAACAAGAUUAUCUCGAAAGAAAAAGAUGCAACUGACUAUGUUGAAGAUUUGCAAAAUAGUCGUCGUUUUCACCACCACUACGAUAAUACUGUUAUUCAUGAUUCAGCUCAAAACAAUAAAAGUCACAUACAAGAAGCCAAAACUUCUGCUAGCAUAAAAAAUAACGAGUUGACCGAAGGAGAGCGUUCUGAUGAAUUUACUAUAAAGAAUGGUUGUGCAUCAGAAAACGAAAAACAAAAGGAAUCCAGGCGAAAAGAUUUGACAAUAUUGAAGAAGCUUGAUUCGGAAGAGCUUCUGUGCAUAAUUUCUGAAAUCGAUAAUAUUAACGACAUUAAAACUAACAAUGACCGCGAAAAGGAGAAAAGUUCAAAAGAGGAUGAGUUGACAAAAGAAAUUCAUGAUGAUCUCAUUUGGUAUCGUUGUAGAAAUGUAUUGAUAGGAUUUCCUGCUAUAUAG